AAACUCAGAUAGAGACGGAGCUGAGAGAGAGGCACUUCUUCACUAAGACCGAAAAAGGACAGUAUGGCCUCCAUGUUGAUGAAGUCUUUGCGGAGCGGUCCCGCUAGCUCCGCCUGGGCGCUCCAGUUUGCUGCACGGUCUGUCAGUACAUCUGUGCCUUUACAGGCUCAAGCCAAGAGUAAGAAAACACUGGCCAAACCAGGAGUGAAGAAUAUUGUAUUGGUGGAUGGAGUCCGAACACCCUUCCUUAUGUCUGGCACCACAUACAGUGACUUGAUGCCUCAUGAUCUGGCCAGAGCUGCCUUACAGGGUCUACUAAACAGAACAGGUAUUCCCAAAGAUGCUGUGGAUUAUAUCGUCUAUGGAACUGUCAUUCAGGAGGUGAAGACCAGCAAUGUAGCUAGAGAGGCUGCGCUUGGUGCAGGAUUCUCUGAUAAAAUUCCGGCUCACACAGUAACCAUGGCCUGCAUAUCCUCCAACCAGGCUAUGACCACAGCGGUGGGUAUGAUUGCAGCAGGACAGUGUGAUGCAGUGGUUGCGGGUGGAGUUGAGUUUAUGUCAGAUGUUCCCAUUCGUCACAGUCGUAAGAUGAGAAAGACCAUGCUGUCACUCAACAAAGCAAAGUCGCUUGGGGCCAAACUGUCUCUGCUGGGCUCCAUCCGCCCUGCACACCUUGCUCCUGAGCUGCCUGCUGUUGCUGAGUUCUCCACAGCUGAGACUAUGGGACACUCUGCAGAUCGCUUGGCUGCAGCGUUUGGCGUGUCUCGCCGCGAACAGGACGAGUUUGCUUUGCGCUCACACAGUCUCGCCAAGAAAGCUCAAGACGAAGGGUUGCUUAGCGACGUGCUCACCUAUAAAGUGCCAGGGCGAGACAUCGUCUCCAAGGACAACGGGAUUCGGCCCAGUUCUCUGGAACAGAUGGGCAAACUGAAGCCCGCCUUCAUCAAACCCCACGGCACUGUCACAGCCGCCAACUCCUCCUUCCUGACCGACGGUGCCUCUGCUGUGCUGAUUAUGUCUGAAGAAAAAGCCUUAGCCAUGGGAUACAAACCCAAAGCUUACCUCAGAGAUUUUGUGUAUGUGUCUCAGGAUCCUAAAGACCAGUUACUGCUGGGGCCAACAUACAGCACCCCUAAAGUUCUGGAGAGGAGUGGUUUGACCAUGGGGGAUAUUGACGUGUUUGAGUUUCACGAGGCGUUUGCUGGCCAGAUAAUGGCCAACCUCAAAGCCAUGGACUCUGACUGGUUUGCACAAACCUACAUGGGCAGGAAAGCUAAGGUGGGGACACCCCCCAUGGAGAAGUUUAACACGUGGGGUGGGUCUCUCUCACUGGGACACCCGUUUGGGGCGACUGGGUGCAGACUGGUCACUACAGUGGCCCACAGACUGAAGAAAGAGGGAGGCCAGUAUGGACUAGUUGCAGCAUGUGCAGCCGGAGGACAGGGUCAUGCGAUGGUGAUUGAAGCUUAUCCCCAGUGAAGCCUUUUGGAAAACACACACACACACACACACACACACACGCACGCGCACACAUAGGAGGAAAUUCUGUAAAUACUAACACACCACAUUGCCUUUGAGUGAUGAGGAUGUUUGUGCCAGUGGCUCUGUUAAAGUAGUGAUGAUGGUUAAGAGGUGGAUUUGAUUUCUAUCGAAGCAUUACUAGAGGACAUGAUCACAGCACUGAGAUCCAGACUUAAGAAAUGAAUUGAUUGCUUUGCUACAUCCCAGAUCAGUUCUGUUUCAGUGUUUAGACAGGGUUUAUUCUCCCUGUUAAAUAAGAAGCAUGACUUUGUCAAACUGCUCUAGGAUCAGCAUGUGUCUGGUUUAACUGGUAAUGGUACAGCAGUGGACUUGGACAGAAUCUGUUCCCAGGUCAUCAUUAACUACACUCGAGUAGAAAAGCCCCACUGGGUGUGCAGUGAUGUGAUGCUAUGCUACGAGGAUGUUUUGAAUCUUUCUUUUUUUUUUAUGAUUUUGCCCAGUAAAACCAUCAAAUCCU